AAUAGGUCAUUCACUACCUACCUCAAUAUACAGUCUACUAGUCAUAUACACUGAGCUAGACUUUAUAGUAUUAGUACUUUAUAUAGUUUCGGUUGCCUCUCUUUUGCAGGUUAGCCCUCCAACAUGCAAACCGGCCAGACAACCGGAAAUCACCUCUAGGCAUACAUACUAAACACCAUUCUCCAAACCCUAUUGGAAGAAUAUCUCAUAAACUUUGUAGUGACGAUUGCAUGAGUGAUGGCAAGUCAACCAAGUCUCGGCCCAAAGGCAAAGGUAGGAGCAAAAAAGAAGUUAAUACCUUUUAUGGAUUAUUAGAUAAGCCUAAUAUUCGUCGAGUAACAUUGGGGAAGUAUACUUGUGAUACUUGGUAUGGUAAUGCUGCCUACUUUAAUAGUAAUGAUUGGUCACAUUCCAUGUUGGGUUAUGAAUAUAGCAAUAAGAUAGCCUUGGAUCCCAGUGUGAAACGGAAAUCAUCUAAAAGUUUCAGUUCAACAGGAGAUACUACUACUACUACUAAUAAUAAUAAUGAUAGUAAUGAUAAUGAAACUAAAGAUAAUUCACUAUGGAUAGAUCAAUUGUACGUAUGUGAAUUCUGUUUUGCAUAUACUAUGAAUAAUAAUGAAUUUCAAAAACAUCGAGCUUGUUGUACGUAUCGAGUAUAUCAACCAACUGUAGGCAGAUUAGUUUAUAGAGAUGAUACAUCAUCUUCACCAUAUAUAAUUCGAGAAGUACGAGGAUUUCAACAUAGUCUAUUUGCCCAAAAUUUAUGUUUAUUUGGUAAAUUAUUUCUUGAUGAUAAAUCGGUUUAUUAUAAUAUUGAUUAUUUCAAUUUCUAUAUAAUUUAUGGUAUAGAUAAUACUGAUGAUGCACAAGAUGAAUUAUUCUUUAAACCUAUGGGAUUCUUUUCUAAGGAACUUUUAGCUUAUGAUAAUGAUAAUAAUUUAGCAUGUAUAUGUAUAUUUCCUCCAUUUCAAAGACGACAUUUGGGUUCAUUACUUAUUGAAUUUCUGUAUGAAUUAGCUAAAUUAACUCCGGGUCAAUAUUAUAGUGGACCAGAAUUCCCUCUAUCUCCAUUUGGUAAAGUAUCUUAUUUAAAUUAUUGGUCUAAAAAAUUAGCUACAGUUAUAUAUGCUCAUCUUAAUGAUAAAGAUACUUUUACAUUAAAGGAUUUAGCCACUUGGACAGGGUUUAGAAAGGAAGAUAUAUUAUUAACUUUAGAAUAUAUGAAGUUACUACAAACAGAUAAUCAUGGCAAUGUUCAGCUUCUACUUGGGAAUUUCCAACUAUUCUGUAAAGAGCAUAACAUUGAUCCUAUACAAGAAAAGAGCAUGAUUAAGGAGGAUUGCUUAUUAAUUUAACUUCUAUAAUUGUAACAUUAAGAGACUAAACAUAUAUGUAAAUAUAUAAACAUAUAAAUAUACAUAUAUAUAUACAUAUAUAUAUACAUAUAUAUAUACAUAUAUAUAUACAUAUAUAUAUACAUAUAUAUAUAAA